GCCGGAUGUGCAACUUCAAAACAUUGAACAACAGAAGUGUGCAGCCCGUCAGUGGCUGUCUCAAGAUGAUUUCUGUUGCCUUAAGAUAACAUUUCUCGCCGAUAGUGAGAUAUAAAGAGGUGUUUUUGCAGCAGUUGCUCUGUUUUUAUUGUUGCUCCAACAUGGCGGGUCCGCUGUUGGAGUUUGAGACGGAGAUGUUUCUGAGUCUGUUCGGCUCUGACGGACUGCUGGUUGUGGCAGAGGGGAUGGGGAUAGACCGCAUCCUGCUGCAGUUCAUGCGGGUCUACUCAGAGCCUGGAAGCCUUGUUCUUCUGCUUAACACAACCACAGCUGAGCAGGAGUAUUUCACUGAGCAGUUGCGAGUGGAGGGUGUCACCCACCUGCCCAGGACAGUCACCAGUGAUAUCCAGAGCACAGAGCGCUACAAUGUUUACACCCAGGGAGGAGUUCUGUUUGUCACCAGCAGGAUCCUGGUGGUUGACUUUCUCACUGAUCGCAUCCCUGCUCAUCUCAUAUCAGGCAUCCUGGUGUAUCGGGCUCAUAAAAUCAUCGAGUCUUGCCAAGAAGCCUUCAUCCUCCGCCUGUUCAGACAGAAGAACAAGACAGGCUUCAUUAAAGCCUUCACUGACAAAGCUAUAUCCUUCUCCUCUGGCUUCUGCCAGGUGGAGCGUGUAAUGAGGAACCUCUUUGUCAAGAAGCUCUACCUCUGGCCCAGGUUUCAAGCUUCAGUAAACACAGUCCUGGAAAGGCACAAGCCAGAGGUAGUGGAGCUCCAUGUGUCAUUGACGCCAGCUAUGAGAGCCAUCCAGAGCUCCAUCCUGGACAUCAUGAGCGCCUGCCUGAAGGAGCUGAAGCGCUACAACCCCACCCUUGAGGCCGAGGACCUUUCUCUGGAGAACACUCUUGGCAAUGCCUUUGAAAAGGCCAUCCGUCAUUACCUGGACCCUUUGUGGCACCAGCUGGGAGCAAAGACCAAGGCCCUGGUCCAGGACCUGAAGGUGCUGAGAGUACUCCUGCUCUACCUCACCCAGUACGACUGUGUGACCUUCCUAAACCUGCUUGAGUCUCUGCGCUCCAGCCAAAAGAGCUUUGGAUCCAAUUCAGGAUGGCUGUUCCUUGACUCCAGUACCUCCAUGUUUGUGAAUGCCAGAGGGAGAGUAUAUCACUUCCCUGAGAGCAAGAAGAAACUCAAAGUGGGAGCAGAGGCAGUGAAGCAGAAGCCACUCUCAACCUUAGAGGUGAAGCGGGUGCUGGUACUGGAGAAGAGCCCAAAGUGGGCGGCUCUGACCGAGGUACUGCAGGAGAUUGAGAGGGAGAACAAGAGCUCUCAACAGGAACCCGGCCGUGUGCUGAUCUGUGCUAGUGAUGACAGGACCUGUGCCCAGCUGCAGCAGUACAUCAGGUACGGCUCUGACUGGCUGCUAAACCGACUUUACACCCGCACGGUAGGCAAACAGGACUCCUCUGCUGCUGCUGCUCUCGCGCUUGACUCUCACAAAAAGGGUAAAGGCUGGACUCAUAACGGUGGCAAAGGAAAGGAGCCUGCACAAAAGAAAAACACAAAGUCCACAAAGAGUAACAAGAGACCGUCCCUCACUCUGACCCAGAUGGUGGGGGAAAAGGAGACUGAUGAAGCUGCAGUCAUGGGCAGCAGCAGAGAGGAGGAUGAACUGAUGGAGGAGGAUGAAGAGGAGGAAGAACAGCUGAAGUUAGAUUUGUCAUCCGAUGCAUACUAUGGUCUGGUCAAGGAGCCGCUGACUGUCAUCCACCCACUGAAAGGCCUCACUGACCCCCACAGCCUGACGCGGGUGCUGCAUGAGGUGGAGCCCAGCUUUGUGGUGCUGUACGAUGUUGAACUCAGUUUUGUCCGCCAGCUGGAGGUGUACAAAGCUAUCAGGCCUGGAAAGCCUCUCAGAGUGUACUUUCUUAUCUAUGGAGGCUCAACAGAGGAACAGAAAUACCUGACGACGCUGUCGAAGGAAAAGAAAGCAUUUGAACACCUCAUUAGAGAGAAGGCCACCAUGGUCAUCCCAGAGGAGAGGGAGGGGAGAGAAGACACCAACCUGGACCUUGCUAGAAAUUUAGCGCCUGCCAAUGAAACUACAAACAGCCGCAAAGCAGGAGGCCAGGACCAGCCCAAAGAGCCCUCUAGAGUCAUCGUGGACAUGCGAGAGUUCCGCAGUGAGCUGCCCUCCCUCCUGCACCGACGAGGACUGGACAUUGAGCCCGUCACUUUAGAAGUAGGCGACUACAUCCUCACCCCAGAAACAUGUGUCGAGCGCAAGAGUGUCAGUGACUUGAUAGGCUCACUGCAGAGCGGUCGGCUCUACACCCAGUGUCUCUCCAUGACCCGCUACUACAGGAAGCCAGUGCUGCUGAUUGAGUUUGACCCAGCUAAACCCUUCUCUUUAAUGGCUCGAUCGGAUUUCAGACACGAGAUAUCCUCAAAUGAUAUAUCCUCAAAACUCACUCUACUCACCUUGCAUUUCCCCCGGCUACGUAUCCUCUGGUGCCCCUCUCCGCAUGCCACAGCUGACCUCUUCCUGGACUUGAAGCAGGGCCGCCUUGAACCUGACGCAGCAGCCGCUCAGGCAGUCACAGCUGAGUCAGACAUGGUGGCUGAAUCUGCAGAACUCUACAACCCCGGACCUUAUGAUUUCUUGUUGAAGAUGCCUGGAGUCAACCCAAAAAACUACAGAGCUAUUGUGAAAAAUGCAGAUAGCCUCGCAGAUUUAGCCAAACUCAGCAAGGACAAGCUUGCAGAAAUACUGGAGAAUGCUAAUAAUGCUAAAUUGCUGUACGAGUUUCUGCAUAAUGACGCUGAUGUCCCUGCUCCUGUUCAAAAAGCCAAACAGAAAUGAAAAAAAAAAAAGCAACUGAAUUAGAUACAGAUUAUUUUUGUCCAG